UCACAGUUAUAAAGAUUCUGUAUCUUGCGUUUUGCAUUUCAAUCAAGUGGGAACUGUAGUUCAAGUCCCACAUUGGCAAGGUGACGAAAAUGUCGGCCCCGAGACGUCGAGAGCGCGUGAAUGUAGUGUGGAAGCCCGCGCAUUUGACGGGAGUGUUGGUCCUCGCGUUGGGCUUCGUGGACGCAUCGAGUGUUGUGCAUGUAGUGCGGGUGCUGCUAUUCCUGUACUUCAUAAUGGCGAGUCUAGACUUGGCUCUGACUCGCUACCAUCUCUGGAAGUUCGAGUCCACGACCCCCGAGCUCAAGCGCUAUGCUCUGGUUACCGGUGCGUCCGCUGGACUUGGCCGGGAGAUGAGUUACAUGCUAUCGGAGCAAAAAUAUUCGCUUGUACUGGCCGCUCGCACUGAGACGGUAUUGGAGCGUAUGCGAGCCGAGAUUGAGCUGGUGAACCGCCCCACCGAAGUCCUAGUGUGUGUCUGUGACCUGUCGAUGUCUGAGGGUAUCAAUAAGCUCAUCAAGUUCGUCAAAGACAAGGAAUUGGUCAUCGAUAUCCUCGUAAACAACGCAGGGGCGUGUCUGACCAAAGACUUUACCGAGUUAAAGGAGCAAGAGAUCGACGAACUCAUGACACUCGACAUGCACGCGAUGGUUAAACUCACUCGCGCAAUUGUGCCGCAAAUGGUGAAGCGUAAGAUCGGGCGUGUAUUAAACAUCAGCUCCGUCGCCGGAGCGGCUGCUGUCCCCACUGCAGCGUUGUACGGUGGCAGCAAGGCGUUUGUGACCAACUUCAGUCAAGCGUUGAGCUACGAGUUGAGAUCGACUGGUGUUACCGUCACGUGUAUGUGUCCUGGACCGGUAAACACCAACUUCAGCAAGACGGCGGAUUUGGACAACGCAGUGUGCAUGACGUUGCCGGGACUCGCAGCGGACGCCAAAGACACGGCCAAGAAGGCGUUGGACGCCAUGUUCAACGGCGAGAUACUCGUGUACGACACGUGGUUUGCCUACGUGAUUGCAAACCUGAUACAGUCCAUCAUUCCGGGUCGUCUCGCCGCUUUUUGUUGUGGCGCAGGGAUGCACGAGCUCAAGAAUGCCUGGCAAAUGGCGAAGAGAUAAGUGGAGAAUUUUGGCUUUCAGAGUUGAUGUGGUGCUCAGUUCAGUGUUUCUGUCUUUAAUUGAGUGAGAGCGCGAGCUUUCACCUCGUCAAUCACUUGAAGCAAAGGAAUGUUCUGCUCCAUUGCAAUCGCCUUGCAAUGCUCAAACUCUGGAUGCACAUUCACAGCCUCGUUGCCUAAAAAUGCUACUUUAACGUCCACAGAGCGACCGAAAGCCGAGACACAAAUGAACUUGCGAGAGAGGAAUACACGAUCCAUCACAUUACUAUUUUUCGUUACAUCAAGAAUUUAUGUUAGUAAUUUACUGACUGCAAAAUAUGAAAGUUAUAGAAAACAUACCGACGGACACCUAGCGUUGUAGUCUCCCGGAAGAUCGUCUCUAAAAUCUCCUGCUCGUGCUCAGCGCGACACAAAACGCUGGAUAAAUGAUAAAGUCGUAUAGAAAUUAGUCACCAGACCACGAUUAAUACAAAGCUGCCUUUCGUACCUGAGGCAAACACCA